UCUUCUUGAGCUUAGAAAUUCAAAAGUAUCUUAGCAGAAAAAUUGCUCAACAUUCAAAAUACUAUUCAUUUGCUUCGUUUUCAUUCACAAAUUCGUGUUCAAGAAAACUUCCUCACUAGUGAUUUUCAUUAAUUUAUCAAAUUGAUUCCAAUUUUAUUUCAAAUCACCUUUGGUUCCAUCUCUUAAUUCAUAUUUAUCAAGCUGCCUUGUCUUCAUCUGGUUUAAUUUAUUUUUGUAUCGAGUGUCAAAGAUCAAAGUGACACAAAGAUGGCUCCUUCACCAGCUAGGAUUACCAAUCAAGGUCCAAGUCGCAAUUCAUUUGAAGCUUCACUUCGAUCCAGUGAUAGCCCUUCUAGAUCAACUGUUAAAACUCGUCCAUUAAAUAGUAGAGAUAAAUCUCCCAACAAGUCACCAACACGUUCACCAGUGCGUGAAACAUACCGACCUGAUUCAUGGAAGACUCGACCAGAGUCACAAAAUACCAACGAUUCAUCAACAAAGACGAUCACUGUUCGACCAGCUUCCAGUAGUUCCGUAAAAUCAUCAUCAUCAUCGAUAUCUAGAACCGUCAGUCCUGGUGUUUCUGGUAAAUCAACACCAUUUGAAGCUAAGUAUGACUCUAAAAAUUGGGAAAAGUGCGGUGAAAGAGAAUCGACUUGGCCUAAGAUGGCGGAAAAAGUAUUAUCUGCUGAAGCUCCAUUAACAUCAGCCAAAGCAUCGAGCACAUCAGCAACAGCAUCAUCAAUAUCUUCAGUAACCACCAAUCGUUCACAAAACCGAUCACCAAGUCGUGAAAGUGAAAAAAAGGUUCGCAUUAAUCUGGAACCAAUGGCUAAAUCAUCAUACUCUCAUGAAUAUCAUUCAGAAAUGAAGAGUUCUUCAUCAUCAACAAGCAAACGAGAUGAUAAAUCACCGAUCACCGAAACAAGUACAACAACAUCGAGUUCAUCAAAAGAAGUGAUUGAGUGUUCAAUUGAAGUUCCAGAAGAUGGCUGGUCACUCAAAGAUUCAAUAAGGAAGAAGCUUCUCAACCCUAAAUCGGGUAUGUUUAAUCUUCCAACUUCACGUCCAACUAAUAUCACUUUUCUAGAAGCUUUGAAAUGUAAAAUUAUCAAUCCCAUUUCAGCUGAUGUUGUUGAUCCAGCUCGACUAUCUUCACCACAAGCCUCGGGUUCCACUUCAUCACCAAUCAGCUCUCGACCAGUAUCCUUAUACCGUGCUCUUGAAAAGGGUUUACUCGAUGAACACGGAUCUUAUUCAAUUGACAACAACAGAAGUAAAAUAUCCCUAGAAGAAGCAAUUGACCGAGGUUUUGUCACUUUUGACGAUAAAGUUAAAACAAGUGAUUCUUUGGUUACUCGUGUCAUCAAAAUAGUUCGUACUGAAGGCAUAUCACCAAAAGAUGAGGUUACAUUGGAGCCAAGUCCAAUAGGAAUGCGAUCAUCACCAAUCAGAUCUUCAAUUCGAAACAGAUCAUCAAGUCCACCGAAAAUGGAGUCAACAUCAUCCGAAUCCAAGCGUUUUUCAUCAACAUCAACCCAUAAAUCUGAAUCAUUUGAAGAUUCUAAAUCUUCAUCGGGAAAAGUUGAUUCAACAACAAAAUAUGAAGAGUUUGUUGAAAUAGGAACAAAUAUCUUUUAUUGUCCAUCAAGUGAUACAGUCUUUGAUGAAGUAACAAGUAAACGGUCAACAUUAGCUGAAUCUUUGGCCAAUAGAAACAUUGACUGGGCAAAAUUUUCCGUCAUCGACACCUUAACAGGCAAACCAAUCAGCUUGAGUGAGGCCAUAUCUCGCAAGAUUCUUGAUCCAGUUAAAUAUACUGUUGUCGAUAAGAAGCGAGGUAAAACAUAUACUUUACCAGAAGCAGUAAGACGAGGUCUUUUUAUCCUUUCAUCAUCGCCAUUACUUUUGAUGGAAUCGGCCUCGGCUGCUUCACAGGUUACUAUCAAUCCAAGUCUAGAUGAAAGUGACUCAGGUCGACCAGGAUCAAGAUUAAUCAGAGAAACAGUUCAAGUCUUAAAGUCUCGAGAAAUUUUCAUCAAAGAUCCAUCAACCGGCCAAGAAGUUGCACUUGAAGAGGCUGUACGGAAAGGUUUAGUUGACCGAGAGACUGCAGAUCGAUUACGAGCACAAGAAUCAUCGGCUUCAGGAUUUUCAGUCAACCGAUCUGUUAACUUGACCGUUCAUGAUCCAAGGACUGGCCAAGAGAUUCCCAUUGACUUGGCUGUUAGAAAGGGUAUCAUUGAUCAAGCAACGGCUGAUCGUAUCCGAAGAGGCGAAGUCAUCGAGAAUGUCAUCUCAACCAAUGUUACUCUUGUUGACGAUGAAACGGAAAACUGGUCCGAUAUUGUAUCAGAGAUCAAUGAAAGGUUGGACUUGAUUACCGAAUUCAAAGCUUUCCAACAAAAUUAUACUUUGGCCAAGAAAUGGCUUGACGGUGUUGAAAGAAGGAUCCAUUCAUUGGUGGCUGAUGAUGAUGGUGAUUUAAUCAACAUUGAGUCCAAACGGUCCCAAGUAAAUAUGUUGAAAGCUGAACUGUCAUCGCAAUUUCAUUUGAUAAAAACUGUCGACGAAUCAGCUGAACUCUGUAAAAUCAGAAUGGAUCGCGAUUCAAUUGAAUUCAAUCGAAUUGAAAGGUUGACUCGAGCUCUUCACGAUCAAUAUAAAUCUUGUGUAAACUCUGCCAAUGAUUUGGAGAAACGAUUAACUGAUCUUGAUCAAGCAAGGUCUAAAUAUUAUUCAAAAGUAUCUUCAAUUGACAAAGAGCUGGAAUCAAUAUCAAGUGAUUUUAACAAAAUUUGCAUCUCAUCUUCAUUGUCCCUUGAUGAGAAGGAGAUCAAGUUGAUUACAUUGGAGUCUCGAUUAACCUCUCAAAGAUCGUACAUUGGUGAAUGCGAGGCUAUCUGUGACCAUCUCUGUCGACUUUUGGCUUCCUCAAGCGAACAAAUAAAGGCACGAAAUAGCCUAAAUGAAAUUGAACGCAAGUAUCGUGAGAUUAGUGGUGACAUUAAAGAUGCAACCUUAAAUUAUAAAGAUUUUGAAUCUUUUUCAAGGAAAGCAAAUGAAUUUAGCAAAUGGCAGUCAACUAUUGAAACAUCUUUAUCUAAAUCCAGUUCAUCGACCAGUCACCAGUUAAGUUCACUUCGAGAUGAAUUUGAACGAAUUGAGUCAAUCAUUAAAAGUAUACAAUCACGUGAAGUUGAUUAUGAAGAUUUAAUUGAAUCUGGAAAUGAUUUGAUCAGUCGACUUGAAAACUCUUAUGAAACCAAUACAAUCCGAUCUAAAUUGGAGACAAUCAAUUCAAGCUGGGAAUCAAUUCGAUCCUCAGCCGAGUCUAAAAUUAAUCAAUUAGAGGCAAGUUUACAAGCAUCAAGCAAAGCAAAGGAAACAUUGAGAAAAUUCAACUCUUAUUUGGAUAGCGUUGAAACUGAUUUAUCCAAUUUACCUGAAACUACUUGUAAUCAGAUGACAAAUGAGAAAAGUUUAUCAUUUGUUGACAAAUUAAAGUCAAGCUUGGAUCAACACAAAUCAGAAUAUGUAAUUGUGUCCAAUUUAAAGGUAAUUGGAUCGGAUAAAUCAACAAAUCUAAUUGAGAAAGAAGUCAAAGAAAGUUGCUCUCGAUAUGAAAAGGUUUACAAAGAGACGACUAAAAAAUAUGAACAAUUACGAGAAAUGGUUGGUAAAUUGGAAUCGCUGGAUUCAACUCUUAAACAGGUCGCCAGUGAGGUUGAAAGGUUUGAAUGCAAGGUUGCUUCAAGUCAAGUAAUGUCAUCAACGUCUUGCGAUUCAAAAUUAUUUGAAACAACUAAAGGUCUGCUGAACCAAUCUUCCAGUUUAAUCGAUAAAGUUGAACAAUCAAAGAGACGGAUUGUUGAAAUUACCAGUGAAACGGUUAAUUCAGAAUCCAAUUCUUUUGUUAACGAGAUAAACCAUUAUGUUGAUCGGGUUAAGUCAAUUAACCAUCAAUUAUCAUCUCGAUUGGAGUCAAUUGAAUCAGCAUCAGCUGCCAUUGACAAAAUACGACAAAAACUGGAUAAAGCUGAAGCUCAAUUGAAACAAGAGGAGAAGAUUAUUUCACGAUUUUCCUCCAUUUCAAGUGAAAGUGUUGCUCUUGAGAAACAAAUGGUCGAAGUGGAAGACAUUUAUCAUGAAAGUGAUAAAAUCACGUCAAAUUUGGAUGAAUUGAAUAAAAUGGUAAUGCAUGAAGAGACUCGAUCAUUGGGCAAAGAAUGGGAAACAACUUAUCGCCAUUUUGUCCAUUUAAUACGCUCAAUGGAAACUAAACAUUCAACCAAUUUAACAAUCCUUAACCAACGUAAAGAAGCAAUUAAAUUGGCUUUAAAUGAGACUCGACAAUUUGAGCAAAAAUUGCACGAUUUUGAUUGUUGGCUAACAGAAACUGAAUCUCAACUUGAAAAGAUGGAAGAAGCAUCUUACUUGACUGAAACCUUGGAGACUCAAAUGAACCAGAAUCAACAAUUGCAAGAGUCUAUUCGUCGUAAGCAAAGCAUUCUAGAAGAUUUGGAGAAGAGCGGUAAACAACGUGACCUGUUGAUGACCAUUAGACACCGAUGGAAUAGGUUAACCUCUAGAUGUACUGAGAGAAGUCAAAUUCUUGAUCGUAACCUAAAGUUGGCUCGUGAGUUUGUCGACAAAUGGACAUCAUUGAUUGAUUGGUUAACCGAGACUGAAGUUACUCUGGAAACUCGAUCUUCAUCCAAAUCGCAAUCUGUUUCAUCGCGCUUGAUGGAGACUCGAAAUAAUUACAAAAAUUUACUUCGAUCAUUUGAAAGUAAAAAAUCACUUUAUGAGACAACACUUCGACUUGGUUCAUCAUUAAGGGAUAAAAGUCCUAAAAGCGAUUCUCCUGUCUUCCAGAGAAUGUUGAAUGAGUUGACAUCCAAAUGGGAAUCAGCCUUAACUACAAUCACGGAAACUUUGUCAUCUCUUGAACAUGAUCUCAAUUGUUCCGAUAAAUAUCAAUCAUUGGUUAAAGAUUUGACUGCUUGGAUCCAAUCAAACCAGAUUACAUUGGAUGGACUUUGUGGGGACGUAAAAACUGUCGAGAAAAUGAUUCGAGAACACUCGGCUUGGAGUAAAAGCUUGAAAUUGCAAGAGGAUAAAAUGGUUAAAAUUAAACAUCUUGGAGAGCAAUUGAUUAGCAAUAAUGUUUCUUCUGAAGACUCGAUUGGAAUUAAGCGAGAAAUUAAAGAUUUAUCUCGACUGUUGGACGAGUUGAACGAGAAAAGUGUAGCUAAGGAGAAAAGGUUGAAGGAAUCGUUGAGAAAAGCUGAACAGUUGGAAACUGAGGUUAAUCGGUUGAUAAAUUGGUUGGUAAAAAUUGACUCUUCUGUUAAUAAAAUGGAUUCCUCUAUGAAUUUUUCCGAAGAAACUGAAUUGGUCAAAUAUAAUCAACAAAUUGAAAUGUUUACCAAUGAAAUGGAAAGAGAAGAGGUUAAUCGAGAUCGACUGAUUGCUGACUGCCAAAACGUGUUACUUGAUUGCCAUCCCGAGGCUGAAUAUACAAUUCGUCAUUAUAUAACUGUCAUUGAAUCCAAAUGGAAAUCAGUUUCUGAUUUGUUGAAAGUUAAAUCAGCCAAAGGUAAAGCAGCUUACAAUGAUUUGAUGGAUAAGGCAAACUCGCUUGAUCAAUUAUUACAAUGGCUUAGUCGAGCUGAGCAGGACUUUGAAAAUAUGGAAUCACAACCAAUUCCAGAUGAGCCUCACUUGAUUCGCUCAUUAAUUGAACAAUUUGAAUCUUUUAAGUCAAGAAUAAUGUUGAAGGAAAGUGAGUUUGACCAAGUAGCAACCGAUUAUUAUAAUGGCAACCGGCAACAGCAAUUAGGAAAGGAGCGAUCAUCCAGAGUAUCAAAUAGAUUGGUUCAUGUCAAGUCUUUGGAUGUUUCUUUGUCUUCGUUGACUCACUCAAAGGCCAUUGAAGUGGUUGGAAGAUGGCAAAAGUUAAUUAAGGCAAUUAACGAUCGAUUGGUGCGACUUCGAAGCAAGCAUAAUUACUUCAGUGAAUUGGAAAGGUUGAAAGAUUUUGAUUUUGAUGCUUGGAGAAGGCGAUUCCUAGAUUGGAUGAAUGAGAAGAAAGCCAAGAUAAUGGACUUUUUCCGUAAAAUGGAUGAUGAUCAUGACGAUAAAGUUAAUUAUGAACAAUUUAUUGAUGGCUUCAUGAGAUCCAAAUUUCCUACCAGUCGAAGUGAGAUGUCAAAAGUUGUCACCAUUUUUGAUCGUAACGCAGAUGGUUUUGUGGAUAGUAAAGAAUGGAUUGAUACACUGAAAGAUAAAACAGAAGCUGAAAUAAUUAAAGAUGAGGUUUUCCGUCAAGUGGCUCAAUGUACCUGUCAAGAUAAAUAUAAAGUCCACCAAGUCGAAGAGCGUAAAUAUCGAUUUGGCGAAUCACAGAAAUUAAGACUUGUACGUAUCUUGAGAAGUGUUGUUAUGGUUAGAGUUGGUGGUGGAUGGGUUAGCCUGAAUGAGUUCCUGCUCAAAAAUGAUCCUUGUAGAGCCAAGGGUCGGACAAACGUUGAAUUGAGGGAACCAUUGGCUGAUGGUGUCAGUCAAAGCAUGGCUGCUUUCCAACCCAAAAUAACAUCAACACCAACUGAGGGAAAUAUCAUUUACGGUCCAGUUACCAAGAUUCGCGAAAAGACUGAUCGAAGUAUGCCAAUGUCAGGGACUACCGAUGGCAAUGAAGAUUCAGAUAGUUUGGGUGAACUCAGAUCCCGAUCUCGAUCCCAGCCACGAACCGGAGCAUCAAGCCGAGCUAGUGAUGGAUUAUCUGAUGUCAGUUUAGAUGCACAUCUCAAUCAACAACAACAACAACCACAAUCGCUACGAAUGUCAAGAAUUGAUAGUAAACCUCGAUGGCGCUGAUAUGGAUCACAAUAUUUUUGGAAAGUCGCCAAUCAAUUUUACCUUUUAUAACUCUUUUUUUACGAGAUUUUGAACAGCAACCCAUUAAAAUGAAUGUUGCUCCAUUUAGUUUUUUA